AUGGACGCAUUUGAUACCCCUGGGCAGUUCGUGGCUGCGCUGUACAAGCCCACAGAGCUGCUGCCCAUAGCAAGACACAGACAGGGCUUGCUCUAUGCCAUUGAAAAAUACCCCGUCGUUGUCCUUGUCGGCGAGACUGGCAGCGGCAAGACCACCCAGCUGCCGCAGUUCCUCGACCAGGCCGGAUGGUGCAACGGCGGGAAGCAGAUUGCCAUCACCCAGCCCCGUCGAGUUGCAGUGACGUCGGUUGCAGCUCGUGUGGCAGGAGAAACAGGAUGUCAGCUCGGUCAAGAGGUCGGGUACUCCAUCAGGUUUGAGGAUGUCACUUCGGCGUCGACACGCAUCAAGUUCGUGACAGAUGGACUGCUGCUGCGAGAAGCACUCGUGGACCCAUUGUUGUCCCGGUAUUCUGUCAUUAUGGUCGACGAGGCGCAUGAACGCUCAGUCAGUACAGAUGUGCUGCUCGGUGUGCUCAAGAAGAUCAGGAAGCGAAGGCCAGAACUACGCAUCGUCGUCAGCAGCGCCACGCUCAAAGCUGAAGACUACAUGCAAUUCUUUGCGGGGCAUGAUGCCACCGAAGACAACGAAAUUGCAAGAAUCAUCACCCUAGACGGGAAAAUGUACCCCGUUGACUGCCUCUACCUAGAGUCCCCUGCAGAAGACUACGUCGAGCGCUCCAUAAAGACCGUCUUCGAUAUCCAUACCACCGAACCCGAGGGAGACAUACUCCUCUUUCUCACCGGCAGAGAAGAAAUCAUAUCUGCCACCCAGCAGAUAUCAGAACAGGCGGCGCUUUUACCCCAAAAGGCGCAAGCACUUCUCCCAGUACCCCUUUAUGCCGGCCUGACAGCCGACCAGCAACUCUCUGCCUUUGAACCUGCUCCCGAAAACACUCGCAAAGUCAUCGUCUCUACCAACGUGGCGGAGGCAUCGGUCACCAUCGAAGGCAUCGUAUACGUCGUCGACUGCGGCUUUUCCAAACUGCGAGCCUACGAUCCAUCUACCGGUAUCGAAAAGCUAACUACUGUACCCAUCUCGAAGGCCUCAGCCACACAACGGGCCGGCCGUGCAGGAAGAACCCGCGCAGGCAAAUGCUUUCGACUAUACACCGAACAAUCCUUCCUUUCCCUGCCGCAGGAGACCACCCCUGAGAUCCAGCGCGCAAACUUGGCCCCCAUCAUACUUCAGCUCAAAUCCCUAGGCAUCGACAACGUCGUUCGAUUCGACUAUAUAUCCUCCCCACCCUCGGAGCUUUUCGUCAGAGCAUUCCAGCUUCUUUCCGCCCUAGGCGCCAUAGACGACUAUGCCAAACUCACCAAACCGCUCGGCAUCCAAAUGGCUGAGUUACCCGUCAACCCCAUGAUGGCAAAAGUGCUUCUCAGCUCGACCAAAUUCGGCUGUCUGGAUGAAAUACUGUCCAUAGCUGCCAUGACCACUCUGCAGGAUAACAUCUGGUUCAACCAGGAUGAGAAAAGAGGCAUAUCGCCGUCCAUCCGCCAAUUUGCCGUCGAAGAAGGCGACCACUUGACGUAUCUCAACAUCUACCAGGCCUUCGUCACCAAGGGGAGAAAGGAAGCCAAAUGGUGCAGGGAUCAUUCGCUCAUUCAUAAAUCCAUGAUGAAGGCAGUUAGUAUUCGGGUCCAGCUUGAAAACCACCUAAAGCGUUUUGGAGUCGAUAUGGCUAGAAGACAGGCUGCUACCACCGAGCAAAUCCAACGGUGUCUCACGACGGGCUUCUUCGCUCAUGCAGCUAAAAUGCAGCCCGACGGGACGUUUAGGAGUAUUACAGGUGGGCUAACUUUACAUGCUCACCCGAGCUCACUGAUGUUUAACCGAAAAGCUGAAUGGGUUAUUUUCAAUGAGAUAUUGCAAACGGGAGCAAAAACAUUCAUUAGGGACGUCACUAAGAUAGAGAAGGCCUGGUUAUUAGAAUAUGCGCCGGAGUAUUACGAGGUUAAGAAGUAG